GAAAGACCAUCGAGAUAGAUUACUCUAGUCACCCAUCAGACGAUGAAGAUGAUUUGGCAAAAAAGCGCGCAUACCGGGCUAUAGAAAAACGUGCCCGAGAAAAGGUUUGUGAAUUUAUUAAUAUCAAGGCUAGUGUUUUGGCUUAUAAAAAGAAGGAACUUGAAGAUGAAUACCUAUCGUUAAUCGAGAAGACACAUCCAGCAUAUGUGGAAACCAUAGGGAGAUUGGAUGAAGAGCAUCAAAAAAUGCAGCAGCUUCUUGAAAACAAUCGUUUACUAGAGAUUCAACAAAGUCAAAAUUUGUAUGAAUCACAAGUUUCGCAAAUACGUCACGUAGCUUUGCAUGAAAGACGCAUUGCAAGAGAAGCUAUUUUACAUGAUAUAGAAGUCAGGAAAUAUAAAUUAAUAAAGGAACAUAAGGACCUUGAUAAAAAAGACCCUAGGGAUCAUAUGAUUGAUUUGGUUGUGAGAGAUGGUCAAACUCAACCGGCAUUAACAAGUGUUGAAAAUAGUCAGCAUCGUAUUUUUCAAAAUGAAACGAAGUUGAAUAAAGAUGAAAUUGAAGAUGAUUUCGUUACCAUGCAGUUGUGUACGCGAACAAAGCCACUAUCAAUUCCAUCACCACAGCCUAAUAACAUUACGGUCGGUAACACGUAUAUCUCAUCAAAAUAUAUAGACUCCGUGCCUCACUCUCGUUCACCCCAGCAUUCUGUCUCCUCAAACAAUACGCGGAACUAUGUAUCAUUAACUAGUUCAACCGCAAAAUGGGUGAGUGUAAAUAGACAGUCGACUUUAGGGCAUUCCACAAACCGGAUUAAUGGGCGACAUUAUAUGACAUCUUCAAAUCGGAUUAAUGGCACACCCUUAGUCACUUCUUCCUCUAUCCGAAUUAGCGGCCCUCCGGCGCAGAGUGCUAUAGUCACCGGAUGGCUUCAGGGUAUUGAAGGAGAACACGAUUCAGAUCGAUAA